CCCCCCCCCCCCGCCCGACUCUUAUUGCACCGAACGGCAAUGGCCAAUCAGGAUAUUUUCUGCCAUCAAGCGUCUGCACACGCACGUGCUGAAAAAUGACCGAUGCGUCUUUGUCAGUCUAUUCAUUGCCACUUGGAUCUGUCAGGAUGCUGGCCAGGAAGGGCGCGGUGCCGGACGGCUUCCUGCUGACCCGCCUGGCCGAGGAACGCAACCGGCCCACCCGGAACCGCUCCCGGUGCCAGCGGGCGCGCUUCAUCACCAAGUCGGGCUCGUGCAACGUGGCCCACAAGAACAUCCGAGAGCAGGGUCGAUUCCUGCAGGACGUCUUCACCACCAUGGUGGACCUGAAGUGGCAGCACUCCCUCCUGAUCUUCACCUCGGCCUUCCUGUGCUCCUGGAUGCUCUUCGCCAUGGUCUGGUGGCUGCUGGCCUUCGCCCACGGAGAUCUGGAACCCCGACGCCGGGCGGACGUUCCUUGCGUUACCGCCAUCAACUCCUUCACCUCCGCCUUCCUCUUCUCCAUCGAAGUCCAGGUGACCAUCGGUUUUGGCGGGCGCAUGGUGACGGAGGAGUGCCCGGCCGCCAUCGUGGUUUUGAUCGUGCAGAACAUCCUGGGCCUGAUCAUCAACGCGGUGAUGCUGGGUUGCGUCUUCAUGAAGACGGCGCAGGCCAACCGGCGGGCCGAGACGCUCAUCUUCUCGCGUAACGCCGUGGUGGCCCCCCGCAACGGCCGGCCCACCUUCAUGUUCAGGGUGGGCGACUUGAGGAAGAGCAUGAUCAUCUCGGCCACCGUGCAGCUGCAGGUGAUCCGACGCACCGUGACCUCGGAGGGCGAAGUGAUCCCGGUGAGCCAGCUGGACAUUCAAGUGGAAAACCCUCUGAGGAGCAACGGCAUCUUCCUGGUGUCGCCGCUCAUCGUCAGCCACACUCUGGAGAGAGGGAGUCCGCUCUACGACCUGUCCGCUCACACGCUGUCCGCCGCCGACAUCGAGGUCAUCGUCAUCCUGGAAGGCGUGGUGGAGACGACGGGCAUCAGCAUGCAGGCGCGGACGUCGUACACGCCCGACGAGAUCUUGUGGGGCCGCCGCUUCGUGUCCAUCGUGAGCGAGGAGGAGGGCCGCUACUGCGUCGACUACUCCAAGUUCGGCAACACGCUUCCCGUGCGUAUGUCUUCGCUCAGCGCCAAGGAAUUGGACCAGAUGCGCGGCGUCCAGGAGGGCGCCUCCGCCGAUGCGCCGCCGCAAGGAUGGGGGCUGGUCCGGGCGGGGAGGGGAGGCUUCCGGAGGGGGGGGCGGGCCUCCGAGGGCGCCGCCUCCCGAUCUUGGUACGACCCGGACAAGGAGCAGGCGGAGCCCGGCGUGCCCGGGAAGGCCGUUCGCCUCGACCAGACGCACGACUGAGCGCUCGGCUCGCGCGUUGGACAAACACGGGCACAUACGCACAAGUCGUUAGACUCCAGACAAGGUCACGUGACCUCACAGCCAGGGGACGAGCGCGCUCAGCAGCCAGCCAAUCAGCAGCAGCGGGCCGGACGUGGCCACGCCCGCCGCCCCGCUGGAGUUGCACAAGUUGUUGUUGCAGCAGCGGUAGGAAAACGACGACA